AUGCGUUAUGUGACUCCAGAAGAACCCGUAAGUGUGGCGUCUAUGCCCUAAUCUGAAUAGCACACUCACAAGUAACACGGACUGCAAAACAUCCAUUAUAUAUCACGUACUAUUUACCGAUUUCCAAACGUAUUGAUAUAGUAUAUGUAGGUAUUAUAAUUACGAUGCAUAUUUCAUAUACUAUGUACUUAAUUAUAAUAAUUUUAUAAUUAUGCAACAUACAUAACAUAAUAAUUAUACACAUAUGCAUUAAAUUAAAAUAAGUAAGAUUCUUUGGGAAGUAAAUAACCUCUAAUGCGUAAAUCUUCGAGCUUAGUUACCCAGCUCGUCGUCAGACUUUCGGGCUAUGUACAAAAACAGUAAACUAUUUAGCCUUGUCGAACAAGUGAUUCUAUGGGUGGCCGAAACCUGCGCCAAUUCGCAUCAAGGGUUUAUCGUCAUCCCCUCGGCAUUGCCUGCGCUCGCUUCCAUUUUUCCUUGGGAAAUUUUUAUGUGGCAAAUAAAUCGAUAUGCUGAUUGAUGCAUGCGUCAUCGGAGUGCAUUGCAUCCAGGAAUUCGCGGCCUUUCCUUAUUUGGCAGGCGCCAACAGUGCGAGUAUUCUGUCAUGGGACUUUGUGCCCAGUGUCCACUGUGUGCAUAGCCACAUCGGAUAGAUGAUCUCGUUAUUGCUUUCGAUGAGCUCAGACACAUCUUCGCGUAUGGUAGCCACCGCCAGGGGAAUGGUUUCAAUGUCUGAGCGGCUGCAGUUUUCGAAAUACCUUUCCUUUUAACUUCAUGCUCCAUGCAGUAGCGUGCAAAGUCGCGCGGGUACCUAUCGUGGGAAAAUAAUUUGAAGAGGUAUUUCAUUGCUUUUUGACAACGUUCUUCAUCAGCGCUGCGUGUUUUAGCUCGGUUUAGCAGGCUGAUGACAGUAAUUCUCUUGUAAGAGACGGGGUAGUUACUCUCAAAAUAGGGGUUGACCUUUGAGUAUGAUUCUUUGUGAUAAACGGAAGUGUGAAUGAAUCCAUCAGUUUUUCAUCAUAGGAGUACAUCCAGAAAUGAGAGUUGUCUAUCGACCUUUGUUUCGAAAGUGAACUUGAUUCCUGGAAAUAUAGAGUUAAGAAUCGUGUAUAACGGGAUCUAACUGGCUUUUUUGACAAUGAUAAAAUGUAUCAUUACCAUAGUGCUGCAUUGGCGGAGGCUUCGACUAACCAUAGAAUCACUUUUCUGACAAGGUUAAAUAUUUAACUGUUCUUGUACAUAACCCCGAACUCUGACAACGAGCUGGGAAACAAGUCUCAAAAAUUUACGCAUUAGAGGUUAAUUUCUUCCCAAAGAAUCUCACUUAUUUUUAGUUAUAUUUCUUCGAAUGCCCGUUUUCCAGUGCAUAUAUAUUAAUAUAGUAUAAUACAAGUAGGUAAUUGCAGAAAUAAGAAGCGGUCGUCGGAACAGGUUUAGUGGAAUGUUUUUUGGAGAGCUUGAUCGGCUUGCCAAUGUCAGGGCGUGAAAUGCUGUCAAUAGUACGAAAAUAAAAGUUGCAUGUCGUGCUGGUUAACCUCGCGCUAACCGACGUCUCCCUUCUUUCGCUGUCUAGACAUUUAAUGGGAUGAUUUGCAGGCUUGUCGUUUUUGUGUUCAACUGUAAAUGCGUCAGAGAGAUCCGCGCUUUCUCCCAGCAGUCUGAAGCAACUGUUUCAGUUUUUAAGUUCAAGUCGUCUGUACUAAUCCAUAUGGUAAAAAACUAAUGUACACAUAUAUAUGUGUUGCUUGAUAGGUGUGAUGGGUUCACCAAUAUUACCAGUUCAUGGAAAAACUUAGUGAAUAAAGUUAUGCUAUUAUUAAUGUUCCGUGAUGGUUUGGAAGUGGAAAUGACACUGAAAAACCAUUGUCCUUAUAGACGUGUCUACAAUGUGUGUCACGUUUAUUAAAAUGCGUAGAAAUAUCUCGUCACUAUCUGAUUAGAAAUUAAAGAGCAAAUAUUAAAGACCAUCAAAGGUGGCAUUUCUGUGUAGGGUUAAGACGUUAAAGAUAUCGUCUACAAUCAGAAUGAACAAGCAGGCAUUUGCUAAACGUUCGCGGUUUCUGGAAUUAAUGGCUUCAUUCUGCUUGAUUUCAUACACAGCGAAUAUUUGCUUUAGGGAAACGGGUCAAAAUUCGGCGACACAAUCAUUUCUGUUAAAUUGCUUUAUCCAAUUCUAGUAUAUAGAGCUUGACGAACAACGUUUGGAUAUUAAAAGUGGAAGGUGCUAUAUACGCGAUGAAGAAGUCGGCAAGGAUUGUUCAAUAACAAGUGGUAUACCCUAUUUAUAUUCCAUUAAUACUUACUUGUAAAUGUCAAAGUUUGUAUAUGAAGUAUUCUGGGCAUAUGCAUUUGAAGUUUUUGUGAAUAGCCCUUAAGAUACACAACAGCUUCUCUUGAUUUCUCAUCUACACAAAACAGUUUUUUGAGGUUUGGAAAAUUACACAUUCGUUGCCCAAAUUAUCAUGGUCAAACUUACUGAAAGAUGCUCGCAAAUGCUCAGUUAAGUCGACUUAAAAACUGUUUUACUUACAUGAAGCUUUUAUAAAAUAUCGUUUAAAUAUGUGAUACUGCCUUUGAAUUUCAUUGGUUUCAUUAUUUGUAGUCAGUUGCUAUCGGUUUAACACUUUUGUAAGUAUAAACUGAUGUUUUUACAAUUACUCAACUCUACUUGACUUUCAGUGCCUGAAGGUUUCCUGACGAAAAUCCAACUUUUCUUCGUGGCCAAACACAAGCACUUAAAAGUACUCGGCGAUAUUACGCACACCACAUUUUUUGCACCAAUGUGCAGAUUUGGACCAACGUUGGCAGGUAGAAAUAAACUUUUGUGUCACCGAUCUUGACGUCCUCUAACCCAAAUAAUGUCAGAUUAAGGUAUCCUUUAUCAAAACUGAAGUUUCGGCAAAACGCUCAGCCAUAGCAGUUUAGUCAUUGAAAUGAAAAUCACCAUUAUCCAGAGACGUCAAUGAAGUUUUUUGUUCCAGGUGAUGCCAUUCUCGAACCCUCGCUACCAUUCUCUCGUUUUUUGAAGGGGUUCAACGAGGUUAAUAUAACCUUUGCAAAGACCUCUGGCGCGCACGGUGCUGUGGUAUGUCAAUUCAUUUUAGUCUGACAAACUGUAGACUCGAAAUUGCAACUAAUGAGGAGUGCUUUUUAAAAUGCAUAAGUUUUGAUAGUGUGGCAUGCCAUGUUUCAGAAGCGUAGGAUGGGCAUCAAAAAUGACAAUCAAAUGUCCAUCAAAUAUUGAAUCUUAUCUACCUGUAUGAUUAAACAACGCAUCGUUACCGGUUAUGUUGAAUGAACCUUUUAGAAUUGACUUGAAAAGGGUCUCAUGCCGAUGGUUUGAGUGAUACGGAAAUGACUCGUUCCUUCCACUCCUGUUGGGUUACCCUUAACCAAAUGGCCUACCAGUCUACACAAAAAACUAAUACUAUUAGCAAUACUCAGUGUCACGUUAAUUUACGGUACGGAUUCUAGGGACUAAAUCUAUCUCGAUGUAGGGCGGAGUUCUCCAGAAGCAUAAAACCUCCCAAAAUUCCAAAGUUCUCUUCGGAAAAUGUCUCCAUCAGUUGACAUAUUCCGCUACACUUCAGCCGAAGUUUUGGUUUUAUAAAUGCAUCAUCGAGUUACUUCUCGAAUACUUAAAUUACGUAGUCAGUAGCAAGUUUCACUAAACGGCGGAAUUCGGUUCGUAGGCCUCGUCCAGUUUUUUAAAGAUACGUUCACAAACUGGAAAUUGUGGUAGUUUGUGGAAACUCUCAAUUUUUGUGAUAGUAGUUUCCCCAGGUACCUUGAGGCGAGCAUAAAACACUGAGUUGCGGGUAAGCGAAGGGUCGCUGUAAUCUACACAAUUAAAUAAACAGGGCUAAAAUGCGCUCAAUCAAAAUAAAGUGAUUGAACACAGUAUAUCGGAAUUUACUUAAUAAGCAUGUCAAUCUGAAACUGCAGAUGACCUUAUGACUGUUACAUUUAAGACACAAUUAUGGGACGCCGAAAGGCGCCUCUGCUCCUGGAAAGGAGCACUCAGAACUGAAGGUGAUCCAACUUUCUGCCGUAAGUUAGCGUGUCUUGACGGGUUCUUCCAUCUUGGACAAAUCAUUUUUGGAUGAAUAAGUAUUCAUUUCUCUUUGUGCAGUAAGUAUCAGUUAAAAUAUUGGAAGAAUGUGCACAAAUAUAUAUGUAAAAUGACAAAAUCCAUUUAAAAUUGCGAGUUCGAAAUUGAAUCCAACACAAAUAUCGUUUUUAUUUGGUUAGAAUUUUCAGUCGUUAUCGCAUAACCGACGCUCCGUAUCACCCUAGCACUUGAAUCAUUUCCUUCCCGUGAAACGUACCCACACUGACUAAUCGUUAGAAAGGUAAAAAAAUUCAGAAUUGCGUUACUUAUUAGAAGGAAUUAGUUAAGUAAGUUUAUAAUACUGAUUGCAUUUGGGCAUACCCCAAAAAUAUUUUGGUCAACUCAGGAUGUCUGCAUCUGAGUGUUUUUCUUCAUGAUCACCUGCAAAUACACAAUCGUAAAAGUGACGGUGUGAGUAGUACACACUUGCUUUUGAGUUUCAAUGUCCUUAUAAAUUCGAAUACCUGUUAAAUAAAGCCAGCCUAAACCAGGCCUUCUUGUACUUCUUUGCAACCAUUCGCUUCACCAUAACAUAUUCAAAGGAAAAUCUCUAUUGGAAUCGUCAAACAUUUUUUAUUUUCCGAAUAAGUUUAGCAGAUUCUGACGUUGCCUUUGUACUUAAUAUUUGCGGUCAACGAACUGUAUGCCUUUCAUGUAUAGAAAAUCAAACAUCCCCCUGUUAUUAAGGAGAGGUCGUAUGGAAAGCAUCAACAUUGGCAGUAAUGUGGGAUUUGUCAUAAACUUUCUAAAAAAACAUUUGUUACUGGACCGGCAAGAUGUUAACUGUGGAGAAAUUUCACAGUCUUAAAAAUUUGAAAAUUUCGAACCCUGUGAUAACAAAAUAUUCCCCAUUACAUGGGUUAAAUUUUAGGAGGACGAAAUUUAGUACCACAUGAACAUAAGGAAAUAGGCUUUCAAGAAAAUAUAUCAGAAUACAUAACGGUAUUGAAAAACAAGUGAAACAUUAGAUAAUACUUAUGUGGUCAUUUUUCAAUAAACAUGGUACUUACAUGCAGGCGGAAAGGCGCGCAUUCGGAAGGCAUCUUGCCGUGAUCGAAAUAUUAAGAUAAUCAAUGUUACGGCCAAUGCCUAAUUUAAAACACAUUUCAAAAAAUUUGGUUAACAGAUCAUAAAGUCGGCCAAUGAAUGCCUUGCAGGCAGUGACAGUCAGUAUCUUUGGACCAAAUGAGAGACGCCCUGAAAACACCAUUUGACGGUACACGUAUGCAUGAAAAGUAGUCAAGUUGCAAAUACUUGUGCAUGUCGUUUAAGUAUGCAGAGUGCAUAAAACUAAUGUUGAAAUAUGAAUGUGAAAAAGAUGUAGCAUUUACAAAAUCACCACAGAAAACACUUUCGCUGCAUUCGUACUGUGAAAAUUUCAUCCGUGUCAAGUUUACUAUACACAAAAGGAUCUGCUUAGAUCGUGUAAGUAGUAUAUUGACAUUAAUAGCAGUAAUUUAGUAGAUGGGGUCUGGGGAGCUCAGGAAGCCUUUUAACAGCUGCUUAUGCGGAUAUCUUUUAAGCACAUGCAUGGUAGGGAAAUUUACAACAUACGCAGGCAAAGAAAUCCAUUGGUUAAUGACUCUGCGAGAAAAAGUAGGAGCGUUGAAUGGUAUGUAUGGCACAGUUCCUUUUCAAGCUGGCAAUCGAGUCGUCUGGGAUUAGUCAUUGGCGACAUUUUAAAAAGAACUUCACAGUUGACAUCCAGAUCCACUUCUCAUGGCAGCUGAAAUGUUUCCAGACGUCCACCUCUGUCUUGUCUGUAGUGGAGGGGAUAGAGUUUCAAGGCCGUCAGGAGCUUCUUGUACGUAAAAUAUUGAGUUCAUAGACAGCCCUUGAAGCACGUCGCUGUACACCUUCAAGAAUAGCCAUAUCAAUGCGAAGCCACGGCAACCAAGCCAACACCGCAUGGUGCAGGUGAGGCCUCAUAAAUGCUCCAUUAACCUUGCCAAACAUAUCUGCAUUCAAGUUAUUCAGCGUUCUUCGAAUUGGGUUCAUGAUUGAUUGCCCGCGAUGCGACAUUGGAACACUGAAAAGUGACGCUUAAGCCGCCUUUAUUGAAUACGCUGAGGUCCUUUUGCAUAUCUACGGUCCCAAAUUGUUGAUUGUCCGGGGGGUUACGGUCGUGAGGGUGCAUUAAUUUUUCGUCUUGAUGAGGUUAUGUGCACUACCACACAUUUUUACGUUGAAUUUCACGAAACACUUCUCGCCCACUGCAUGCAAAUUCUAUACGUCCUCUUGAAGCAUCUGGGCGUCUUUUUCAUUGUUAUCUCCACAGUUAAAGAUGAUCUGCAAUGAUUGCUAUGGCCGAUUUCACUUCCCGCACAUACAUAACGAAUAGCAGCAACUCACGAAUUGAUGCUUGUGAGAGUCCACUUCUAACAGGCGUCCAUUCUGAGAAGUAGCAACUUGAAAUAACACUUCGGCUACGAUCGUUUAAGAAAUCUUGAAUCCAGUUUAGGAGAUUUCCUCUUCUCUCUAUAUCUUACAACCUUUUGAACAAGCGGCUUAUGUGGAACGCAAUCAAACGCCUUGUUAUAGUCAAAAUAUUGGCACCUGCUGGUUGUCCUGCAUCUAUGGCCUUUGAUGAAUGCUCGAGUGACGUAAGCAGGUUUGUGAGGAAGGACCUCUUUUCACAAAAGUCAUGGUGAACUGUGAUGGUGUGACAGCAGAGUGUAUCGAGCGAUGUAAUUGGUUCUUUAAUCAUCCUUUCCAUCAGCCUGCAGCAAAUGCAUGUCAGACUUACCGGCCGGUAUCUGGUGGGAUAUGGUCGUGAUCCCCUACAUAGACAGGUACGACGCUUGCCAACCUCCAUGUAUCAGGAGGUUUCCGAGCUUCAUGUGAGUUUCGGCAGCUUAUGCAGAGUGGUUCGGCUAAUUCGUCAGCUGAUUCAGAUUAUUUAACCAUUUCAAAGCUCUUUGCGAUGUAAAUAAUGCUCUGUUUAUGAGGGGUUUGUUGACGAGCUGUGACAGAGAACAGGACUGGAGGGGUGGUCCCAUGGUAUACGCACUUUAAAAAAAUGUUGAAAGAAUCUCGGCUUCCUAAAAGCCUCGCUCACAAUUUUUUUAUGUUUGUUUUUUAAUUGUGCAUUGUCCCCGAUGUAUGCAUAGACUUCUUUAGGGUUUUGCUGUGCCUCUGUUGCGAUCAACGACGUAUGAUCAACUGUAACCGCACACAAUAAUUUCGUUCCGUCUUAUGUCAGAAGUCAGGGGGCUGUGAGAACAGGGUUUAUUCUGCACACAGGGCAGGUUGCCGUGACUUGGCUGUUUGCCUGUGACUACUAAGCGUCCGUUCCCGGAGAGCGUCAGUCGCGGUGUGUUGUUUACGCGGGUGUGAAUGUCUGUGUCAGAAGGAGGGAUGUGACUGGCUAAGUGUUGGCCAUGGGAUUUGACGGAUUAUGGGAGGAAUAGGGGACCAAUACUCACAAGGGCUCACGGGCAUCAAGCCAGGGCGUCCAACGUGUGUGAGGUGAUGAAAGUUUAUGAGGAAGGCCGGAGUCACUGCAGCCGGACACGAGGUGCUCCACCUCUGAUCGGUGGGGAUGGCCGUGCACCAGCUGCCUGUCAACGGUUGUCGCGGCCAUCAACCAGCAAAACGGAGCUGGAGAAAGAGGGAUUGGAGCAGCCGCUACACCUUUUCCAAGAGCUUCAGCUUAUAAGAAGCAUGAACUUCAUGCAGGGGUCUUUUGCAUAAGUUCUGCUGUUGUUUAAAUGUUUGGGGUUUUUUUGGGUUUCCUGUUUGUAAGAUGAUUUCCCACUACUUGUGCCUUUUUGAAUGUUCUUCCUAGUCGCUGUUGUCAGCCCUAUCGGUUUGUUUCCGGUCUGAUGUUACUUGAGAGAGCAAUGUCGUUCGAUCAAGUCUCUCAUAGUUGACUCAAUGGCUCUCUAGCAUUUUUUGACAUCUCCCUGUAAUAAUUUCACCUACAUAGCGUGCAAUCUCCGAUUUUAUUGCCCCAAAUGUACCCCGCCAAACAUUUUUAAGGGCUUUAAGCUUUGUUCUGGGACAGUUACGAGCGUCGUUUUCCACAUUUAUAGCAUGUGAUCAUAAGAAACUGGGGGCAGACCCACAUAUAUUGUACCAACGCUUUCUUCUUUCUUGGUAAAUGGUUGGUCCAAGCAACUAGAUCCCUGAAAUUCACGCAUUCGAGUCUCUGUUUUGACAUUUUGAAACAGAAUUCAUCAAGUGUCACGUCUGACAGCAUUUGGUUAAAUCCUUGUCUAUGGCCCUUAACUGUCGUAAGAUUCCAGUUACACUGCGGAGCAUCGAAGUGUCCUACACUAAUAGUGUUUUGCUUUCGACUGUCUUCGCCACGUCGAGUGCUUAACACCUGAUCUUCAUCGAUAGGUUGAUUUUUAGGCCUAUAUACAACAGUGACGGUAACAAUUUCGGGUUUAGAAAUCAAAAAAUAACACUGUUGCCUCUCCAGGUCAUACGUUUUUUAACAUUCUUCAACAAGGUUCUAUUUGACUGCAUUUCUAGAAUGCAGGGCAACUCCGCCACCUCUCCGUUUGGUUCGGUCUCAUCUGAGCAUUUGGCUACCAUCUAACUGUAUGUGGGGGUCUUUUACGUCUGAAGUGACCCACGAUUCGGGUAGUGUGAUAAGAUCAGGAUGCAGUUCAACCGCGAUUGCUUUGAUUUCGUCGGGUUUGCUCAAGAGGCUUUGUAUAUUUCCGCAAAAUGAAUAUUAUAUAUAUUUUUGCAUUGAAGUUGUUGCCUGACUGUGUGGUUCCCGCCAAUAUGACGGAGUCCUCCUCUGUCAAAUAUUACUAUUCGUUUUUCUCCUUUUUCUCUCAAAGUCUUCAGCCUCGCCUUCGGCGCCUGCCUUUUCCUUUUCUCUUGUAUAUAUACCUCACCGAACGGGGACGCCCCCUAUCGUUCGCUCAAGUAGAAGGUCCCUCCGAAAUUAAAUUUCCAAAAGUAUCUUUAAAGGCAUUGAUUUCGUGCCUUGAGAGCUGGCCUUAUCUUUAGUCUGUAGUCGUAGAAGUUUAAAAUCGUUAUGAUCUCAUUUUCUUUUAUUUUGUUACUCACAUACGUUUACAAGGUCGUAAAAGCAACGUUUAUUGGCGGAAUGGUACUAUCGGCAAAUAUAAAAAAAUGACUGGAAUGACGAUUCCCGGCUUAUUAACAAUCGUCAUCCAGUCCGGCUAUUAUCUAAUAGGAAAAAUGAAUUGCCAGUAUAUGUAAAGGGGUAAGAUGUCGUUUUAUAGCCCCACGUGAUGGACAAAAUACUGUUGGGGUUUUGGUUAGGGGUUAGGAAUUAUCAUUACGGUUUACAGUUUAGGAUUAGGGGUUGUAAUUAGGGGCUUGGGUUAGUGUUAGGGCUUGGUGCAACUAUUUCUCAACAAUUAAAACACUCCGCGCAUCCUCAAUAGCCUUCCUUUUACAUACGACUACUUGAACGCGUAGCCUGUGGGUUCUCCAGCCCCACCUGAAAAAUCCCCUAUUACCACCGAUCCCGUAUUACAGGUGACAGGGAAUUUUUACUUCAGGUGAGGCUAAAUAACCACAUCCGACCCGUUGCACCCAAUAAGUGGGAUCCUUUUCUCGAAUAAUUAUUCGUCCUUACAGCCAGGAGACAUUAUUCAAUAGAGGCUGAAGCAGUCCUCAGGCGGUAUAGAACCUGCAACAAUUCCGCAUGUUGCAAGAUGGUAGCGACUUGGCAGGAAAUAGUUGAUCAUAUGACCAAAGUAAAUUAGGAAAUAAGUUCAGCACGCGCUGUUUGCAUUGUUUCUACUGAUUUCCAACCUCGACAUACUGUAAGUGACUGAUCUUGUGAAACGUUGGCCGAAGUUCUGGAAUGCGUUUUCGAUUUGGAAGGAUAACUAAGGUGAGUUUGUAAUAUUUCUUAUGCUGCGGUAUAUUCUUAUAAAAUUUUAGACUCGCCAAAGUGGCUGCUUUUGACUGCACUAUUUUUCGACCUCCUGCAGAAACCAACUCGGUAAAAAGUGACUUCUGAAGUAACAAACUUUUUUUCACAUUGACGCACGAUUGUCUUAGAAAUUCAAAUAUAUUUUACAGAAACCAUGCACAAGAGCGUGCUUUCUUUUACUCAUUCGGUCGAAAACCGCAUUAUCUUUACACUUUACAAGCGAAUAAAAUGUGUAUUUGGGUUUUGAAAAGGUGUCCCAAUUCUCGGAUAAUUUUGGGCCAGAUCAGCCGUUGCAUUAACGUAUAGCGAUUUCCUUCUACAGGGUGCAUAAUUUUUGCGUAGAAGACACUAUUUAGAGUUCAUAGAAUUAUGUAGUGGAUGCGGACUAUGUUGUUCAUUUCAUAUAUGUUUGGACAUUGCACGGACUUAAAAAUCUCACAAUUUGAAGCUUCUUUAAAACCAAAGAUAACAUUUGCUUGGGUAUAAAACGCGAGGACAAUGUGAUUUCCUGCCAAACGCGUAAAAGAAAGCAUGCUAUUUUGCAUGUUUUCUGUAAAAUAUGUGUUAAUUUAUAAGACAAUCGAACGUUUGUGUGAAAAACGCAUGCUACUUAAGUGGUCAUUUUUAUCGUGUGGCUUUUGGAAGUAGAAAAGCAGCGCAUUUAAGAGUCGCCAUCCUGCCGAGUCCGAAAUACUUUAGGAUGAUUCCAGAUGAUAAUCAGCGAUUCAAAAUGAAGUAAUGUAUUUGUAUCGUCAAUAAUCCUUAAGGUAUGGAUGAAUAACACUUAAGCCAUGUCAAAGACGAAGAACAUCAUUUUAAAAUCGUCGAUUUACUUCUGGUACUCUGGCCUGUCCCUCUAACACAGCGUUCAUUGUCUUGUUGGAUUUCCGAGGAAAUUAAUGUACGAGCAUGUAGUAAAUCCUCCGGAACAGACCUUUUCAAGCACGGUCCGAAAUGUGAAAUGAAUAUUUGAACUGAAAUCCAUCAGUUACUGGGGAAUAACCGCGUAAUACACGCAGCCAGUCCUAUAGAACUGUGUAUUUAUUUACCAUACUAACAACACAGGUAGAAGUUAAAAACUUCUUUAUGAGGAAAAUCUGCCCUUUCCUUGCGAAGUUACGUAGCCUAACGUGAAUAGUACCAAGUCACAGGCUUGCGUUCUAUCGACAGUGACAGGGCUUAUUUGAGAUAGCAUAAAAGUGUAAUUAAUAGAUUCCGUCUGACUGCAGAAACGAACACACCAAUAGGAAUACUAAUUCAAGUUCCUAUCUCUGUAGACUGCAUUUCUGAAUUAUGCUUUGUUUUUCGAACGUGUGAUUGAAUGUGACGUCCCCUGACAGGGAUUCCAUAGCUAACCUGUAAGAUAUGUGCUGAACAACAAUAACAUCGUGACACUAAAUUGUCAGCUAUGUUAACAUUAUCUUUGCUGUCUCAACUUCUGAGGGUGAUUUUCCGCCCCAUAUUUAAAAAUUAUCACAAAAUUUAUGUUCAUUCCUUAAACUGGCGUAAACAAUCUUGUAUAUUUAUCACAGCCAUAAUGGCCGCUUGAUAAUUCGCAUUGUUAAAUGGUAACGUUUUCAAUUUUCUUGAAGAAUUGACGCCCAGGAAUCAUAAUAAAGAACUUUGGUUCAGUGGAAUAUUUCGCAGAGGCAAGCGCAGCAACAAUUCGUACGAAUGGGGUGACAGUACAAGAACCUUUGUUUCUGUUUCCGUCGAUUGGACUCAAACAGGUAGGGUAUUUUCGUUCCUACAGCUUGUGGUUGUUUGCCUACAUUAUGAGGUAGUUGGGGUUAAAUGAUAUCGUUAGGAGAGAAUCUGCAUGUUAUGACUUAGAGAACAGAAAUGAUUGAGAACGAAGCACUUACAUGAAUUGCAUUAGUUGAUCCGCCAUUCGUAUUUUAACUUUCAACAUACUCCUUGGACAUGUUUUCGACAGCGUACCAUUAGUAAACUGUUUCUUUAGUUUUAUUAACCAUGCGCAUUUCAAACUAGACUUUUUAGUUUUUAUCUCUUUGGCAUAUUCACAAGCAUGACUAUCCGCAUAAAUUCACCUGCUCAUAACAAAUCUGCUGUUCCAUUUGUCUUGUGAACCGCUAUGCCUUUCGUGUUCCUCCCAGUUUUCAACCACAUAUAUUGACAGUCAGCGUUUUAAUGGUUGUCGGUUGAUAUCGAUUCUACAUAUGCAGCCCAUUUCAACUCAUUUAUCAAUUCAAGUGUCAUCUAUAAAUCAGAAUACACGAACAUACUAUGUUCACGGGGAUGAUUUCUUUUUAUUGGGUGUAUGAGAAAUUGAUAUUGUUGGGUCUUCUGCAUACGUGGUUUGAUCACCUCUGUGAGGCACAAAUUACAUUAAUAGAUCAUGGGGCACUUCACCUAUUCCUCCUCGAACACGAGAUAAUUUGUCGAAAUAGAAAAUAGUCUGGAUUGAAAAAUAACAAAGAGAUUUAUACCAUUUGGUCGGAAUGGCUUUUUUAGUUGUCUUUCUAUCCCAGUACUAUGGCACGUGUGGAGUAAAUUGUCAUAUACUGCAAAUUUUGCAUCGCGUUCAAAAAUACCGCUUCUGUCUUAAUUCAUAGGACACGCACCGGAGGACAAACUCUGCACCCGUUAGUUAACAAAUGUUUCCUGAUUGACGCGCUUUAUAUUUAGUCUAUACUGCUAGAAUCCCACCAUCAUUUUUACAAUGCACAUUUUUAUAAUUUUGGACAAUGCUGCUCAAAAAAAUCCAUAGAAUGCAAUUAGACGUGCAAUAUUGGUUGCCGGUCGAAAUGAAUUUUUUAAUUUGUUUAUGCAUUCCAAAUUGCCAUCUGUCAUCAUUUUUGCAAAACUGACAAUUCCAUUUGGGCAAAUUGAAUAACCAUAUGCAUAUGCGAUAGAGAUGUGCUCAAUAAUUGAAUAUUUGCCCCUUUAAAGAUGUGCACAGAAGGCCCUACUAUCAGCGUGUUUAUGCCCCUCAACUGAACUCCAAACCAUCUUCUGGUAAUUUAACCGAUUCCUUGUCUCAAUCUUUUAAAUACCGCCUCGUGCAUCUUUAUUUUUUACCGAACAUGUAAAAAAACGUUCGUAGGCUCAAAUUUCAUCAGUCGAAUUAAGAUUAAGCAAUUGUGUUUAGUUAAGAUGACACCAUGUAAAUAAGAUCUUACAUGGUAACUUGAUUUGCGAAAUUUGUUACAAGUUCACAAACGUUCAAAUGACCUAAGCUUUCCGGAAAGUAUCAGUUUGCCUUCUAUGCAUUUGUUGUCAGAGAAUUUUCAUGCUUGACCUCAAAGCGGUGUGUUGAAGAACUUGGGAAUUUUAGCGCAGAGGCAUUAUUAACUGUAAAUUUAUAUUACAGGUUUUCCCAUUGUAAACUAUUUGAUUUCCAAAAUCUUAGCCAUGCCAAACUGGGGUAAGUUAACUGCUGAAACACUUGAAUUUUGCAGGCAUUUUACUUAAAUAUUCUGAAAUAAAUAUCUUUCAACUCGCUGAUAGUUGUGGUUAAUUAACGUAAAUAGAAAGGUGGGAGUUUGCAAAUCAGGUCUGAUCAACUGAGACAGAUGAAUAAUUUUCAAAUUAUAUUGAUUUAGUAUUAAAUCUAAAGGCAAAUAAAUUAAGCAUGAACCCUAGAUAUCAGUCUAUGUUUGCGCAUCUUAAGGGACGUUAAGCAAACAAAAAUAUAUGAUUCAUAGAUAUUUUGGCGGAUUUUGAAUAAUUCAUAUUGACCCAACUAUAAAAAACUCGGCGCCUCGUUGGGAUUCAAACCCCUGCUCUAAGGGGAAGGCUGUAGUACAGCUAACGCUCUAACCACGUGAGCUACGAGGACCGCCUUGCGACGCGAGUUUUAUCACAUUUGGGUAAAGUUACCCUCCCAACCUAGUGCAACUUCUGAAAAUUACCAAAUCUGAUACAGCAAGCUGACUGCUCAGGCAGGAUUGUCUAAGUAAUCCACCUAGAAUCCACCAAAGGUCUAUCAGGCUCACGUAAUUCAUAGAUAUUUUGGCAGAUUACGAAUUACGUGAGCCUGGUAGUCAUGUGAUGGCUUCUAGGUGAAUUACUUAGGAAAUCCUGCCUGGGCAGUCAACUUACUGUAUCAGAUUUAGUAGAUUCUAGACGCUGAAGUAGUUUGGGCAGGUAGCUUUACCCAAAUGUGAUAAAACACGCAUCGUCCGGCGGUGCUCGUAGCUAAAGUGGUUAGAGCGUUAGCUGUGAUAAAGCCCUCCCCUUACUGCAUGGGUUUGAAUCCCACCGAGGCGCCUUGUUUUUUACAGUUGGGUCAAUAUGAAAAAAUAUAUGAGUCAGAACAUAAGUGUGUAAAUGACAAAUUAAACAAAAUUUAUGUUCAGUAGUGCUUUAAGGUGUUCUUUUCUGAUUACUGAUCUCAGACCCUUUCAGAAAACCUUGCUUUUGCAAAGGCGUUCAAAUUGCAAUGAUAACAAUCGUAAACAAUUUUGACACGAACAAGCUUCGCAUACUUUAAUAGGCAAAAAUGACACAACACGGAUUUCUGUAAUUUAUUCACCUUAGGUCUUUAUAUGAAGAUUCUGAAGCUUCUUGCAACCUGCACCAGUUUUUCAUUUUCACAGUCGAAUAAAUAGGAAUAGCGAUAAGUUGUGUUCUGCGAUAAGCAAUCUUUCAAAUAAACUAGACAAUUUUACAAAUCAAAAGUGAAUCGGUUCACAUUUGUUUAUGAAGACCCGACGCGUUUUCCGCGUGUUUUGCUACUCUUUUGAGGCUUUGAAUAUGGCCUUUUUGCUUUCCACGUUGCCGCCUUUGCCCUAUUCAAAUUUAUUCCUGGAAAUCAUCGCUUCCUCUUUUCUGGCAGGUCUCACGUCCCUCUUCGUGUUAACUCUGCUCCGGUAG